GGCCCUGGCCGCCGCGGGGACCGGCCCGGCACCGCGCUCAACUUCCACUUCUCCUUUCGCCGGCGCCGAGCUCCGGCGCCACUUGCCCAGCCCAGCUUCCGAGGGGAGAAGGUGGGCUGGAGAGGCUGGGGGGGGGACCGGCGUCUCGGCCCCAGGAACGGGGACUCGACCACGGUGACCGAGCCUGACCCAGCUACCAGGGGUGGCCCAUAAGCCACUCGGCCUCAGCCGUGAACUGACCUUCAGAGCCUGGAUGAUUGUUCAGCAAAUGCAUGUCACAUAAAAGACCAGGUUGCUCCUGGUUGGCCCAGCCCAGUAUGCAGCCUUGAGGCUGCUGGAGGCCACCACCCACACCAGCUCUCUACGUGGCUGGAGGAGGCAGUAAGCAUCUCUUCACCAAGAAAGCACUGCAGCUCCAGAGAGCUUGGGAAUCCUGCUGUCAGCUCUUGGAGCAGACAGUAUGGCUAUUACCCUGCAGCCCAGUGACCUGAUCUUUGAGUUUGCAAGCAACGGAAUGGAUGACAUCCACCAGCUGGAAGACCCUUCGGUGUUCCCAGCUGUGAUCGUGGAGCAGGUACCCUACCCCGAAUUACUGCAUCUGUACUCAGGACUGGAGCUGGACGACGUUCCCAACGGCAUCAUAACAGACGGGACCUUGUGCAUGAGGCAGGACCAGAUCCUGGAGGGCAGUUUUUUGCUGGCAGAUGACAAUGAGGCCACCUCACACACCAUGGCAACCACUGAAGUCUUACUCAAUGUGGAAUCUCCCAACAACAUCCUGGAUGAGAAGCAGAUAUUCAGCACCUCCGAAAUGCUUCCGGAGUCAGACCCUGCUCCAGCUGUGACUCUACCCAACUACCUGUUCCCUACCUCUGAGCCCAAUGCCCAGAACGCAGGUGAUGCUGGUGAGCAGGAAGAGCAGUCUCUGGAGGAGAGGGUCCUCAGAGAGGAAAGUGGCAAGAAGACUGGAAAAUCAAAGAAGAGAAUCCGGAAGACAAAGGGCAACCGAAGCACCUCACCUGUCACUGACCCUAGCAUCCCCAUCCGGAAGAAGUCGAAGGAUGGCAAAGGCAGCACCAUCUACCUGUGGGAGUUCCUCCUGGCGCUCCUGCAAGACAGAAACACUUGUCCCAAGUACAUCAAGUGGACCCAGCGAGAGAAAGGCAUCUUCAAGCUGGUGGACUCCAAAGCUGUGUCCAAGCUGUGGGGAAAGCAGAAAAACAAGCCUGACAUGAACUAUGAGACAAUGGGGCGGGCACUAAGAUACUACUACCAAAGAGGCAUCCUGGCCAAAGUGGAAGGGCAGAGGCUGGUGUACCAGUUUAAGGAGAUGCCCAAGGACCUGGUCGUGAUUGAAGAUGAGGAGGAGAAAAGUGAGGCCCCAGCAGCAGCCCCUCAGGCCUCCACGUCCUCCACGAGCUCCACCCGCCGAGCCAGUUCCAGGGUGUCAUCCAGGGCUGUCCCCCAGGGCAAGGGUGGCCCUUCCUGGGAGAAGCCAAAGAUGCAGCACAUUGGCCUACAGCCAUCUUCGAGCCUAGAAUUGGGACUGUCUCUGAAUGAGGAGAGCCCCACUACCUCCACCAUGCUUGUCUCCCCAGCAGACGGCCAGGCCAAGCUCACCAAAGCCGGGAGUCCUUCUUCGGUGCCCAGCAACAUCCACCUAGGAGUAGCCUCCAUGGGGUCGGGCUCGGCCGUGACCCUGCAGACCAUCCCACUGACUACAGUGCUGACCAACGGGCCUCCUGCCAGUACUACUGCUUCCACUCAGCUCGUUCUGCAGAGCAUCCCACCCUCGUCGGCAACCUUCAAGGACACCUUCACUCUGCAGGCCUCCUUCCCCUUGAACACUAGUUUCCAAGAGAACCAGGUGGCCGCACCAGGGGCCCCGCUGAUUCUCAGUGGCCUCCCCCAGCUUCUGGCUGGGGCCAACCGUCCAACCAACCCAGCACCACCCUCUGUCACGGCUGCUGGACCAGCAGGGCCCAGCUCUCAGCCCCCUGGGACUGUCAUUGCUGCCUUCAUCAGGACUUCCGCCUCCACAGCAGCCCCUGGGGUCAAGGAGGGGCCGCUGAGGUCCUCCUCAUAUGUGCAGGGCAUGGUGACUGGGGCCCCCAUGGAGGGGCUGCUGGUUCCUGAAGAGACCCUGAGGGAGCUCCUGAGAGAUCAGGCUCAUCUUCAGCCACUUCCAACCCAAGUGGUUUCAAGGGGUUCCCACACUCCAAGCCUUAUGGGAAACCAGACUUUCUCUCCCCCUAGCCGCCCCACUGUUGGGCUGACCCCAGUGGCUGAACUUGAGCUCUCCUCAGGCUCAGGGUCCCUGUUAAUGGCUGAGCCUAGUGUGACCUCAUCUGGGAGCGUGCUGACCAGAUCCCCAACCCCAGCCCCCUUCUCUCCAUUCAAUCCCACUUCCCUCAUUAAGAUGGAGCCCCAUGACAUAUAAACGAAGGAGGUCCGAAGUAUGACUCAUGAGGGGAAGCUGAGCAGCAGCUUUACACGGACUGACUUACGUAGCGUACCUGCCCUUAUGUUUCCAGGGAAUUCAAUACACCCGAUCCUCAGCCCUCCAGGCUUGCCUGCCACCACCAUGGCCAAGCUCUGUCCUGUUUGAGCAUCCCUGGUAUCAGACCGUGGCCUGCAGGAGCACAAGAGGAUGUGCUCUCACCAGGAUAAUGGGCUGGCUUAGUGAUGGAGGGAAAACUGGAGCCAGGGAGAAGCUUGUGGCCGCAACUGGCACAGGAACUUCGUGAGAAGAGUCGGGCCUGGCUGCAUCUCGCCAUCCGCAUUCCCUGUGUAGGGGAAUUUACUAUCCCAUAUGUGAAUAACUCUGUAUGUAUCUGUGUGUGUACUUCUGGGUCUCUAUCUUCCUUUUCGGGGGGAGGACUGAGGUGUAGCUAUGUGGUCUUGUCUUCAAGGAUGUGUGUUAUGUCCUUCUGUGGGUCAGCCACAGAGAUGGGCAUCUUUUCAAAGGGAAUACAUCCUCUGGUGCCCACGACUCAAUGGCUCUGAGACUAUGGGGUACAGAUUUAAUUCCCAGAUCUAGAGAUGUCACCAAGCUGGAACAGGUCCAGGCAGGAGAGCUUCAAUGGGAACAAUAAGGCUAAAGCCACAAAGGAAGGGGAGAGAAGAGAACUCAGCCCCAGGAGCAACCCCCACAGGCUAGACCAAUGUGCUCUUCCUGGAGUUUGCCUCAUUGCUCGCCACUGUCCCCAUGCCAGCAGGCUGGGACCUUGGCCACCCUAGAGUGCUAUGCUGGAGAAGUAGUCAGGGCAGAGCAGCCCUCUAGUCAGCCCCAGACAUGAAGUCCCCAGUCAGGGCUGAGUUAAUAUUGAAUAUCUGUGCCUGGGUCUUCGGCUGUUUGUGCAACAGCAGCCCCGUGCCAGGCAACAGUUUCAGCUGGCACACUGCCCUGUGCACCCUGCCCUGGGUCACCUGGUCAUUACUUCUCCCCUGAGAUUUUCCAGCUGCCAGAUGUUGCUAGGGGCAGUGGGCAGUGACCCAGGUGGGGUCUGCCACCUCGUCCCUGCUGUCCAGCCUGGCUUCUCACCUCAGAGGUGUGCCAGCCUCUCCUCAUUUCCGAUUCUCACACCUAAUCGCCGCCCCUUCUUCACCAAGAAGGCAGGAGCCAGCUGACAUGAGUUCCCAGGGCUUCACUCCAUCUCCACAUGGCUCCUCGCUUCCCUUUUGGCUUUCUGGGGAAGGGUCAGCCUGUUCUCUCUCCAAAUCAGCCCCUCAGCUGAGGGACUGCGUCCCCCUCACCCCUCUCCCACUAAAACUGGGGGUAAAGCUAAGAAACAUUGGGCUUGUGAGCAACUUUACUCUCUGGUGAAUUUGGUUAAUGUGAAUCAGUGCCUCAGGACCUUUGCUUCAUUCUUGGCACAAAACCACCCACUUGGCCUAACUACCUCCCCUGGCUGCCCUUUUUUCCUCCUUUUGUGGGCAUCAUUCUCUCUCUCUCUUCCCUCUCCUUCCCUGGAGAGGGACCAUGUAUGGCCAUGCAGGUGCAUUUACAACAGUUCCCAGCAGUUGGCACUGAAGUGCCUUUUCUAAUAAAAUCGGCUUAUUAUGACAAUUUUCUGAUGGUUGAAAGUAAGCAUCUUGAGAUAGGAUCCCUUUUAAAAAAAGAAAAUGGCACAAAGGCAUGGCAUGGGUUGAGAGUGGCCCUGCCCCUGUCUGAAAUCUGUUUUCCGCCACUGCCAACUCCACAGACACCUGUCAUUCCAGGGACAUCAGAAUCCUCACAGUGAAACCACGUGUCUCUUCAACAGUCUGAGCGCACACUAGCUGGGCCCUCCUCGCCAUCAUCCUUUCUCUGCACCUGGGCUGGCUCCUCAUCUGCUACUUGAGACAUGGGCGUUUCCCAAGGGUCUCAUCAUUCUCACCAGCUGGCUCUUCUGGAUGAGUCUUAAAUCUUCGGCUCCAGCGCUGUUUUCCUUCUACACCCCAGGCUUGUCUAGUAAGCUGCCAGACAAUUCCACGUAAAUGUCUGUCAGCCCCUCUAUCAAAUGAGGAUCUUUAAAUUCUUUCUACACGCACAAAAACAAAACCCAAGGAAAAGGCCACCAGGACUUGUCUAUUUCGGUUAAUGGUACCACAUCUUCCUGCCCUCCUAAGCCUGAACUUCAGAGCUACGCGAUUGCUGCCUUCACGGGGCCCUGCCCCCUCUCCCUUCUCCUACAGCUCAGUGCAGUUACAGUGUCCCACAAUUUGGCCUGUCUCACACAUCCUCACAUCCCUCUAGCCUGGCUAUAUUAUCCAGAGCCGCCCCUCCCUGGACACAUCAGUGCCCCACCCAGUGUGACCAGACACCCUCUCCAAUUUGCCGUAGCACCAACCCUGUCAUUCUGCCUUCAGUGACUCCUGGCCUACAUGUAGGGUGACACUUGAAGUACCUCUCCUUUCCACUCCUUCCUAGAGGCUUGUCAAUAAUCCUUCAGUUUCAGGACCAUGGGACAGUCCAGGGGACGUGUGGGAAGGACGGGAGAGCACUUGCAGACUUCAGGGCAGUAACUGCAGAAGUACUUUUAAGUUUGGGCAUCAGUUCCACCCUCAGACAAAGUCCAAGUCCUUGGCCCUUCACCAUAAGUCCUGUCAGACUUCCCAGCCACCACACACUGCACCCGCCUCCGCCCCAGUGUCCUGCCCCAAACUAACUGCUUGGCACUUGCCUCUGUUCAAAAUGUCCUGACUCUGCUUUUCCUUUACUGGGUUCUUCACAGUGUGACUGCUCUUCCUGUUCCCCUCAUACCAACAAAUUGUGUCUGUCCUCAAGACUCAAUUCAUGGAAGCUGCCUCCCCAAAGCAGCCUAUCCUUAAGUGAGCUCUUUAUUCUAAACUCAUUACAAUAUUGCUCUUUGAGCAACUCAUCACGAAUAGCCUGUGACAUCUCCUCUAUUGUAUUCCUGAACUGUUACUCAAGGCUUCAAUGAUCUGCACCUAUUUAGACAGCCCAGUCAGUGUGUUACCUCCUGAGGGCCAGAGGGGACCGGAUCCGCCAUGGGACAGGCACACUAUGAAGCAGAUGAGCAUCAGUGAACAGUUACUGAUCGUCUGGUGGGAGAUGGGGACCAAACUUUAAGGUAGGUGACCUCUGACCUCCCCUCUGCACAGGCACGCAUUUACCCUCCCUGGCUCAGUACCCUCACGGUACCCGUGCCCACUUAGCACCCAAUAUUUGUUACUACUCCCAACAUCCUCUGCCCCUCAAGAAACUUCCCUGUCCAGUUUCUUCCCUACUCAAAGUGUUAAUGUAGCUAAUCUGAUAAACUAACCUGUGCUGAUACAGUUAUGGGAGUGAGAAGAGAACCAAAGGAGAUGGGUUUUUUUUUUAGCCAUGUGGCAACACCCCUGCCUUUGUGAUGCUUUCAGAGUCAGGAGUUGAGUGGUAGUCCUUACCUCCCAGCAGCUGAUGUGUUCCUCCCUCCUGGGCUCCCACGACACUUGUAUAUACCUCUUAUUGAGGCAAUAGCACACUGUAGCUCCUUAAUUAUGUGUUUAUGUAUGUUUCCCCUCCAAUAGGCUGUGAGCUCCUCAAGGACAGGGACUGUGUGUCAGUCACUGUUAUAUCCACAGCGCCUAGCACAGUGCCUGGCACACAGUAGGUGCUCAAUAAAUGUUUAUUGAAAGGAUGAACGAGUCCUGAGUCCCAUUAUGGAGACUUCUGCUCUAUACUCUGGAAGGCAAGAGGAGAGGAAAGAUAAUCCAUACUUGGGAACUUCACAGCUUUUUAACUCGUCUAACACUGCUGGUAGCUGCUUCCUUUGCCCAUGUCUAUAGCUGUCUCUGCACAACAGGCCCACAAGGAUCCCAAGGAGUUUCCAGCUACGCCUCGCUGUCACCAGGUGCCACAGAUGAUGCCCAAACUGCCUGUUGGUCACUGCCUCCUUCCUCACCACCAUUUCCUCAUCCCAGGGUGGGACUGAGGGAUGGAAAUGUCAGCCCUGUCGGGGGGGGGGGGGGAAGAAGUUAUUCUGACGGUCACAAGCCUUCUGAUCCCAUCACCUAUUAUAGAAGAGGCAGUUACCUCCAGCUCCAAAGCCGCUGGGCCUGGAGGGAGUGAGCUCAUUCACCUCCGGGCGCCUGGCAGCCUUCGAGAUCGCCUCUGCCCUGGCGCGCUGGAUGUGGAAGCCGAUGUGCAGCAGGUGGCGCUGUGGAGCCGGUGAUGGCCAGCAGAGCCCGAGAGGUGGUCAGGGCGGAGCCUACCGCUUCCAGGAGAGACAGCCGCUGCAGACGUCUUGCUGUGCCUCGGUCAGGUCCCAGCGCCCCCAACUAUUCCUGGGUGACUCUGGCCCCACCAACAACCUUCACUGCUCUGGAGCUUCGAACUUUCACCUCGGCCCCUGCCCACUUUCCAGGGGGAAUUAUCAAACCAUUGUAUGGCCCCUCCCCAUUGGUAGCCGGCCUCUGGCCCCGCCCUCUGGCCCCCUCCCCCAGCCUCGCGGACCAGCAGGUGAGCACGCGGCCCGCCAGGCCUCCAGCGCUGCCCGCCCAGGGCCCUGAGGCUGCAGAGCUCCCGCUGCGGCCGCCGCCGCCCCUCCUCAGAGGCCAGGUCUGGUCCAGCCAGCCUGCCUUUUGCUACACUUUCACACACCGCUGCUUUCUACCUUGAAAUCGGAGAACAAUCCAGGCGCCCGCGACAUCCAGACAUCCACUCGCCAGCGGAGGUCCUGGACCGCCCAUGGCACAAGCAGCGCAAAGCAGUGGAGGCGUCCCACUGCUGUGGUGGCCAGUCACCCUCCCGGUGGCAGCCCCGGCCUGCUACUAGGUCUAGUAGGCCUGAACAUUUUGGAUCUCAGUGUGACAGAGAUGCCUUGGGUAGAUCCUACCCUUCCUCAAACACAAGACCAGACACAAUAAAAUGCCCAACAGACUUCCUUCCCAGUUAUUAGGUUAGAACAGUGGUGGCGAACCUAUGGCAUGGGUUCUGCAGCGGACACGCAGAGCCCCUCUGCACACAAGCCAAGUCACCCUGGAGUCACCCCAACCUCCAAACAUUCAAAUUUAAUUGCAGUGUUGGCACUUUGCAAUAAAUAAGUGGGCUUUGG